AUGGGCGACCUCGCAAGUGCUCCAUUUGCCCUGCUCAAGGCAAUCCAGGCCAGUGACUUAGAAAUCGUUGUUGCCCACUUUAAUGAAGACCUUGACUGGAUCAAGCCAAUGUCCUCUCAGGCCACCAUCUAUGCUAAGGGGAACACGCCGUCGGAGCCGUGGUCCUUCAGGCAGCUCUUCUAUCUUCCUAACAUCGGACGCGAAAGCCACACAUUUCUCCAUCAUAUCGUCUCAAGAUACGACACCCUCGCUACCAUCACCUUGUUCGUCCAAGGGGGGUUGGAUGGCAAGUCGUGUCGCCGAGCGCACACAAACAUGACCAUCACUCAGAUGAGCGCGAAGUCCCUGAAAGAGACGGCAUCGAGGGGCGGCAUGACCAUAUUCGGGUCGAAGGCCGAAGGCACCUACCGGCCUUUUGAUCAGUGGGAUGGCUUUGACUGGAAGAAUGACCCGGACAAUGUGGUCUGGCUAAGCCAGCAGAAACCAGGAGACUCCCUGAAUGCGGACUGUACUCCGGCAGAGCUGUGGCUCGACAUAUUCGGCUAUGAGCAUCCUAAGAGUAUCAUGUUUGCGGAGGGUGCCUUCUUCGCCGUUCAUAGGGACACAAUCCGCCUCCGACCCCUCACUUUUUACAAGAGGAUUCUUGGUAAAUUCAUGACCCUGAACCAUACCAACCCGGAGAUUGGACACUUCAUAGAGAAGUUCUGGGGGGAGAUCUUUAUUGAUGCUAGCUGA